ACCCUUCAUACUGUCAUAUGCAUUCGCUUCAUCGCGUUUCAAAUACGACUCUAUGUAUUUCUGAUAAAAUAACGCGAACACGUGAAGACUUCCGCCGCCUAUCAACAGGGUGCAAAGGAGCGCUAUCCAUGCGUUCAGUCUACAAAAGACUCUGAUCACAGAAUUAAGCAAUCAUCUGUCAACUAUAAUUAAUUAUAACAACCAAUACGGGUAUUUUAUAGUUAUAAAUUCAAAGAAGAAAAUACGCAAUGCUCACUGCUAGUAAUUUAAUAAAAGACUUGCCCAAAGGUCCAUUAAAUGCCUAUAGAAAGCGAGCGACAUUUGAUUGGAAGUCGUUUAAAUUAACUUUAGAAGGCGAAGAUAACGUGCUAUUUCAGGCAAAAUUAUGGGAAAUUGUCAGAACCAAUCCAGCAUUUCAAAGGCCGACAGAGUCAAUAAGUUUGGAUGAAGAUCAAAGACGUUGCAAUGCUCAACUAAAAGUAUUUCGUGACAAAAACAUAAAUCCAAUACAUAUUCAAGAAAAAUUCUUUUAUGUUUUCCAAUAUGAUGGAUCUGUGUCAGUAAAAUUAUCUCUUAUGCAUGGCUUGGUUCCAUCUACUAUAUUAAUGUUAGGCACUGAACAACAUCAUCAUUUUAUUAAAGAAUUAAAUAAUGGAAAUUAUAUUUGCUGUUUUGCUCUAACUGAAGUUUCCCAUGGCUCUAAUGCAAAAGGCAUGCGAACCACAGCAACGUAUGAUAUAGCGACAAGAAGUUUUAUUCUUCAUACACCCGACUUUGAAGCCACAAAAUGUUGGUCAGGCGGUUUAGGAAAAUGUGCUACGCACGCCAUUGUAUUUGCUCAGCUAAUUACAUCAGAUGGAGUAAAUCAUGGACUACAUCUUUUCAUCGUACCAAUUCGUGACCCUCAAACUCAUCUACCUUUUCCCGGUGUCACUGUUGGUGAUAUGGGUGAAAAGAUAGGACUUAAUGGAAUAGACAAUGGAUUCCUAAUGUUUGACAAAUAUUUUAUACCGCGUACCUGCUUGUUAAAUCGCACAGCUGAUGUCAGCGAGGAUGGAAAGUACGUGCUCGUUGUAAAAGAUAGACGAAAAAGAUAUGGACUGUCAUUGGGCACACUAUCAUCAGGCCGCACCAGUAUUUCCUUGAUAGGUGUGCAUUAUAUGAUAAUCGCGGUAACGAUAGCCGUACGCUAUUCUGCAGUUAGAAAACAAUUUGGUCCUACGGACGAUGAUGAGCUGCCGAUUAUAGAAUAUCAAACGCAACAAUGGCGAAUCAUUCCACAUUUAGCGGCAACAUACGCAAUAAGAAUAUUUUCUGAUGAAUUUUAUAAAAUAAUGAUCGACUUCCUUAUUAGCCGUUUUACGGGAAAAAACUUGAAUGCCGAUUUAGGAAUAGAGAUUCACGUACUGUCUUCUGCAACAAAACCCUUAUGCUCGUGGAUCGCUCGUGAUGCGAUUCAGGACUGUAGAGAGUCUUGUGGUGGUUAUGGAUAUUUGAAAAUGUCACGUUUGGGUGAUAUAAGAGCUGAAAACGAUGCAAACUGCACGUACGAGGGUGAAAACAAUGUACUUAUCCAACAAGCGAGUAAUUGGUUGUUAAGCCAAUGGACUAAUGUAAUUAAUGGACGACCUAUACCAUCUCCGCUUGGUUCCGCGGAUUUCCUUGUUGACGCAGAACAAAUAUUAAAUACUAAAUUUAAUCAUUCUACGGUGGAAAAUACAAUGAAACCUGAAAAUUUGCUCUUUACUUUUAAGUGGCUGAUAUGCUAUUACUUGAAGAAAACAUAUCAACAUAUAAAGGAUUUCAAAUCAAACGGAAUGUCUGAUUUUGACAUAAAAAACAAUUCUCAACUGUUUUUGGCGCGAACUCUGUCUCUCGUAUAUGGAGAACAUGCUCUAAUACUGUAUUUUAUCAGAUGUUUGCAAGAUCCGAAAUGGAAAGUAAAUGAACGAGAAGUAUUGACCAAAUUAUGUUCUCUGUUCGGAGCUGUAACAUUGGAAAAGAGAUUGGGAGAUUUAUAUGGAAGUGGUUACGCUUCUACUGCUAGUAAUAUAAAUAAUUUUCUGCGGGAAGGAAUUAUAACAUUGUGUAGAGAUUUAUUAGAUAAUGCAGUUGCACUGGUUGACGUCCUGGCACCGCCAGACUUUAUUCUUAACUCUCCUCUAGGAAUGUCUGAUGGCGAGGUAUACAAACACAUAAAGGAGUGGCUAUUUAAAGAUAAAAACUUGGAACGUCCAUCGUGGUGGAAAGAAAUACGAUCUAAAAUAUAAUCUAAAUAGCAUUUUUAUUUAUAAGUAAAUAAAUUAUAAAUAUGAUUAUACAAUAAAAUUAUAAGUAAAUAAAUUAUAAAUAUGAUUAUACAAA